AUGGCGUUACAUUCGCCGGUUGACGCACCCCCAGCAGUAGCAUCUACGGCAGAUUCCCCUGCUGCUGCAUCUCCUAAUACCCCCGGCGACGAGGUCACCGCUCCUCCGUUUGAUCGAGUCACCGUCCCAGACCCAGUCCCUGAUCGAGACACGGGCGCGCUCCAGCUCCAUCAAGUUCAUCCGCACCCGCACCCGCACCCGCCCACCCCGCACGCGACGGCCACUGCGACGCCUUCGUCUACGCCUACGCCUCCCGCUGCUACUCCAGCUUUGGCCAAUACGGCCCCGGCUGCCCUGCCCGAGGCUUCAAUUGCACGUCGUAUAAAGACACCCACCGAGCCGCCCCCUCUCAAGUCGCCUCCCAUGCCUCCUCCUGCCGUUUCUCCCUCGCCUCUUGCGCCGUCGGCCAACCCCCCGCCAAAGACAAUCACACACCCCUCCCCCUCGACCCCCAAGAUGCUGUUCUCAGAGAUCUACAAGUCCCCACGCUCGCCGCUAUCCAAGUUCCGUCUGUCAAUGUCCCAGCAGCCUCUGGCCCUGGACCUGCCCGAUUAUGAUCCUGACCUGCUCAGCAAGGACAAGGUCAAACAGAAGGAGGCUGUCAAGAAGUACCUCGCCGCCAAGGUCCGCAACGACUGGGAGUUUGUUUGGCCGCCCGUCGCCUCUCCCCCACAGAACGGCGAUGCAGCGCCCGCAACCGCAACCGAUGCGACACCAUCCCAAGCAGAAGGCGUAGAAGAGGCUCAACAAGCAACCCCCGACCUUCAAGCAGAGGCGAUAGUGACAGCGUCGUCACAAGAUGAGGCUAUCGAGGCAACGGAAAGCGAAGAGGCUGGAGAAGAAGAAGAAGAAGAAGAAGAAGAAGAAGAGGGAGAAGACAGCGAUGCGGAAUCGGUAUACAGCACUGUCUCGGAGGACCUGGCGCGCUUCAAGCCUCGCCUGGAAUGGGUGUCUGACUUGUCCGACGAGGACCCUCCCGUGUCACUCUCCCCAUUCCGCUUCGAUAGCCCCGACGCGAUCGGCGCCGCCGUAAAAGCAUCUGUAGCGGACAAGCGUGCGCGGAGGAGGCGGGCCGUCCGCGAGGAGAUGGCAUGGAAUGAAGGCCUGGCCUGCUUCGAGGCAAGGCGCAAUGCCUGGACAGGCGCCAGGACAGUGCGCGUGCGCACCAAGCCCGUCUCCCCUACGCAAACAUUCUCCCCCCUCUCUCCUCGUCGCCUGUUCUUCCGCGGCUCAUUUUCCCAUCCCUCGGGCCCAGCCUCGCCAUCAUCGCCAGCCCAUUCCCUGCAGCAGCGGCCCAGCAACGAGGCCUCAGCCACCGUCUCGGACGCUUCCGAGCUCUCCAAGGACCCGUCCAAGGAGCUCACGGCCCAGAAGUCCAAGGAAUCCCAGAAAUCGGCCGCGUCUCUCACGUCGACGACAUACCCCAUAGAGACCAUCGUCCCUCUUUCCGCGCCACUCCUCCCGCCGGGCAACCCUAUGCGCGCUUCCAUCACUCCCUCAGUGUACAUGUCGCUAUACGAGAAGGUGAUAGUGCACGCCCUCACGCCAUCGUGCCCCGUCAACCUGUCAGAUAUGAUACGGGCUUGCGUGGUGGGCUGGAAGCGGGACGGCGAGUGGCCUCCGAAGCCCUCGGCCGCCGAGCCCGGCAUCGUGGCAGUGCGACGGAGGAAGAAGUCGGCGGCAGAAGGCCAGGGCCAGAAUGCUACUCGUAGAAUGAGUCUUGGUUUCUUGGGCAGGGGCGAGAAGACAGAGAACCAAGAUGAGAGUGGCGGGAAAGGCAUCAGGAAGAGCCUGCAGAGAGUCCUCGGUAUCGGACAACACCAUCCUCCUACCUCGGCCGCCCCUACAAGUGGGAACAACAAUACCCCAGUAAACGGGAAGGAUACAGCCGUCGCCUAG